ACGGCGGACCGGGGCGGCGCGGGGCGGGGGCCGCGGCUCCCCGCUCCAGUAUGUAGGGUGUGGUCGGCGGCGGAGGUGCCGGCCGUCGUCAGUUGGGCCGGAGCCGGCCGUCUGUGAGCCCAGCCCAGCGCGCGCGCCGCGCCCCGACAUGACUCCGGCACAGGUCUGCGUGCUGUUAGCGGUUCUGCUGGGCGGCGGCACGGGCGCUCCGUUGGCCCGUGCCGCCCCCGCCCCCGCCCCCGGCCGCGUGCUGCAUCAGAUGAUCGCCGAUCGUUUGGGCGGCGUGCCCGCCACGCCGGCCGCCAGCGCGGCGCCGGAGCGGCCGCCCCCGCCCGGCGACUCCCGGGAGCCCCGCCAGUACGGCGAGACCGGCGACUACGACUACUACUACGUGUACGAGUACGACGACCUGCCUCCCGAGGACGCGGACGUCAGCACGGCGGAGGUCGGGCAGGCUGCAGCUGUCGCCCCGACAGAGUCCAGCGCCGCUGCCACCGACGCCGCGCCGGCCCGGGCGUCUCCGAGUCCGACACCAGAGGAGCAGGCCGUUAGUAGUGUCACGGUGAGAUCAACAGAACCCAGUGCGAGCCCAGAGUAUGGCUUGGAGCCUGAGUUGGAGUCGGAGUCGACUGUCAGGCCAGAUUUGACGAGUUCCACGAUAAGAACUUCGCACACAAACGUCCCGACAGCGGCUUCCUCCAGCCCAACGCCAAAAGAGCAGCGUAAAGAGCAGAAGGGCGUGGUCUCACAUCCAGUUUCAGAGCAUUCUCUCGAUGAAUCUAGAAUAUAUCUUGAGGAAGUAGAAUACGCUACGACGUCGGCUGAGUUAACAACUACGGAAAGUUCGCAGACUCGCACUCCAUCGAGUUCAACCAUCGCUCCUUCAUCAACCACAGCUUCGCCUUCAUCAACCACAACUUCAUCGACCACCACAUCAACGCCAUCGCCAACAACGACAUCUUCAUCCACACUAAAGCCACCCAGCACAGCCUCGCCAUCCGCAAACAAGAAGCAGCCGUACACCCGGUCCAAGCCGGCCUCGGGUGACACGUUUCACGAUCAGCUGAACGAGGUACGCCAGGGCCACUCGGAAGUGAACGAGAUCGACCUGGAGCACCAGGCAGCGGGCGGCUUCCAGCAGUCGACGGCACCGUUCGAGCAGCAGGGCUCCAGCAGCGACAAGGUGCUCGCCUACCAGCUGCGCGCCGCCAACCUGGACGAGCCGCGCGAGACGCCCGAGUUCUUUGUGCCGCCGAUCGUGCGCCGACCGUACCGACGCCGGGUGUCGCUGACGGGCGGUGGACGGCGCAGCAACGCGCCCAGCCUCGGCGACCGGCUGGCCGAGCAGGUGCGCCGGCAACUGGAGGAACUGGAGCGCCGCGAACAGGCCGAGACCGGCUACCGACACCCGUUUAUCCCGAGCCCGCCGACCACCAGCGAGAGGCCGUACCGGCACCCCUUCAUCCCCAGUCCGCCCACCACCACUGAGAAACCGUACAAGCAUCCGUUCAUUCCGACUCCUCCCAGCACCACAGAAAAGCCCUACAAACCUCCCUUCAUCCCCACACCACCCUCCACGACAGAGAAGCCCUACAGACCGCCGUUCAUCCCCACCGCACCGAGCACCACCAGUCGUCCGUACCAGCAUCCGUUCAUCCCGUCCGCGCCGACACCCACCCCGCAGCCCUACCGCCACCCGUUCAUCCCCGUACCUCCGUCAGCGACAGAGCGGCCGCAGGCGCGCCGCAUCGGCGGCGACGCCGGCCGCGCGCAGGCCACCAUCGUGCACGAGGAGACGCUCGAGGCGGGCUUCAUCGUCGGUGAGUACGGCGUGGUGCACGGCGGCGGCACGGUGCGCGGGGUCAAGUACGCCGCCGACAGCAGCGUCGACCGGCGGCUACUUGAGGAGGCGCUUGCGCACUUCCUGAGGCUGUGAGACAGCCGGUGGCGACGGCUGCCGCGACCGGCCGACAUACGCUGCCGUCAGACCUCGCCGGACCCGCCGGGCGGCGUAAGCGUCAUCGCCGCCAUCACGCAUCAUCAAGGUCGUCAUCAGAAGUGGCUGUCGAUGACGGUGAGAUGGAGUGCGUCAUCGCUUUGUGUGGCGCCGACUCGGAAAUACGUGCCCGGUGACAGUGCCAUUUGCGACUGGACGUUGGAGGAGGUGUGCCGCUGCGUUUUAACCAUGCAUAUCGUGUGUGUGUUGGCUCCAUCGAAUUUCAUUUUUAUCGACUGUGAGGCUACACCGAGUUCCAUUUACAUCAGCUGUAAAGCAUGGAGUGGUAGCACAAAGUCUAGAAGUUAUCGUGUUGUAUAACGAAGCAAGGGCAGUCGAUCAUCUUCACAGGCGUGGCGUGGCCGCCGGCAGCGUAGGCGGCCGUAUGCAGCAGCUCUGAGCCGGUUUGUCUUUCGGUUGGGUGGGCCAUUGGUCAGUUCAUAAUCGUCAUAUCAGAAGUAUGUCAUCGAUGAAGCUUACGCAGUCUUAUCGCCGAAACGCUAUAAUAAUAAGGGCAUUGCACUAU